GUGCUAGUUAGCCAAAAUAGAAAGCCGGAUUCGGAAAGUUGAGCGCUUAGCCAAGAACGACAUAACAAAGUAACAAACGGCGCCAUCUCGGCACCCAAAACCCUAUUGAGUCGAGACUCCAGAGUCGGGACUCUGUGUGCAGGUUCUCGUCCAAGAAAGAAGAGAAAAAGAAAAAACUCUCUUCUACUAGAGUUUUGCUUCUCCGGCUCUGCUGGCUGUUCUUGCAUCCAUCAAAUUGAUGAAUGACGAGUUGGCCUACUCUCAUUCAUUCAUUUAAUUCCUUCAUCCUUCCUCCUCCUUCUGUUAAUCCAAACCCCUUUUCUCCUCGGCAAAUUCAUUACAUUCCCCGCCUUGUUCUUCCUAAAACGCACUUUUCCGCAUUUGUAGCCAUUGUCUUCUCCGGGCCGUUCUCUGGCCUGACCUCCCAACGAGUCGCCGACGUCUUCUGCUGUUGGGUCUAAUGCAGCACCUGGAAACUCGUCGGCUGUUUUCUUCUUAUUGAGUAACCCCUAGUCUUCUCUCCAAGAGAUUUUUGUUUCUUAAAUGCCUACUGAAGAGUUCCUGGCACUGAUCCUUAGAACGUUGAGCUUGCAUGGAUAUGAAUCUACUUGAAGAACAAUUCAGAACAUGCUCUCACUGAGAUCUGUUCGCAGAUUUUUCCAUUACUCUGCUGCUGUUGCCUCAACUGGAAACUGUUCUGCUGUAUCUUAUCCCAUCGUGAAGCAAAAACCAUUGGAGGAACCUGCUCUUGUUAAGCUUAAGGCUGAGAGAGAUCCUGAAAAGCUAUUUGAUCUUUUCAAGGCCAAUGCUAGAAAUAAGCUUGUCAUUGAGAAUCGGUUUGCAUUUGAAGACACUGUUUCUCGCUUAGCUGGUGCUCGACGAUUUGAUUACAUUGAAGAGUUGCUUGAGCAACAAAAGUCCCUUCCACAAGGGCGACGUGAAGGGUUCAUCGUAAGGAUAAUAAUGUUGUAUGGGAAGGCUGGGAUGGCUAAGCAUGCUAUCAAUACCUUUUAUGAUAUGCAUUUUUAUAAGUGUAGAAGGACUGCUAAGUCUUUCAAUGCUGCACUUAAAGUUUUGGCAGGAGCCCGGGACAUAGCAGCAAUCGAAACAUUUCUGAAUGAGGUUCCUGAGAAGUAUGAUAUAGAAUUAGAUACAUAUUCAAUGAACAUUGUCAUUAAGGCCUUUUGUGAAAUGGAGAUUUUGGACAAGGCAUUUUCAAUCAUGGUGCAGAUGGAAAAGUUGGGAAUAAGGGCAGAUGUUAUCACGUACACCACACUUAUUGCAGCAUUUUACAGAAAGAACAGGAUCCAGUAUUUGGUGAACAGGAGACAAGCAUGGAAAGCAAAUGAUCUUAUGCUUUCAAUGGAAAGAGUUGGGGUCAUACCAGAUGAGAUUACUUAUAACUUAGUUAUCAAAGGUUUUUUCCAGGCUGGAUAUCCUGAGAUGGCAAAAAGGGAAGUGUUCCUGAGUUCUGACUGCAAAGAGUGCCAGAAAAGAUGUAAAGAAUGCAAUGUGAAGGAAGGCUGCAACAACUGAUCUCAGAUAUAUCUUCUUGGGAAUUGGUUUUCAUAUUGGGGAUAGCUGCUGCAAGCUUUCAUUUGGUAUGAAAUUCUUCAUCAUUCGAUGUCAUGUAAGCCUUUUGUAUGAUGGCAUGAACAUGUUCAUCAAGAACGCCAGAAACAGUAGUCCAUGCAAUGGCGAGGCCAGGUUUCUUUCCAUCCCGUUAAGCACAUACGACGACAAGAUGGAUAUCAUGCAAAGGAGAAUGUAAUCCCCUCGAUGUCCGACAGUAUUAUCGACCAUUUUUUUCUCUUCUAGGUUUUACCAUGUGUUUGGGAGGCCUUUUAUCUUUUAAUCAAAGCUUGUAAAUAGAAGAUGGUAGUUCACAAAAAAAAAAAAAAUCCCUGACGUGUGCUUGUAAUACUGUAUGACAGCAUUAACUAGUAUAGAAACUUAUAGAUGCCAGAUGGAAUGGCAUUCACUGUAAUUUUCGGGGAUUUAGCUCUUGGUUGAGAAGCUUGACUAGCUAUUGAACAACAUAAAGGGCUCGUUUGGAGAACAGGAUUCAGGACUUUUUUUU